AUGUCUAGUAAGAUUUUGUCCCAAGCUCCAACUGAAUUGGAAUUGCAGGUUGCCCAAGCCUUUGUCGAAUUGGAGAACUCCUCUUCAGAGAUGAAGGCUGACUUGAGACCUUUGCAGUUCAAGUCCAUCAGAGAAAUCGAAGUUUCCGGUGGUAAGAAGGCUUUGGUCAUUUUCGUUCCAGUCCCAUCUCUAGCCGGUUUCCACAAAGUCCAAACCAAAUUGACCCGUGAAUUGGAAAAGAAGUUCCCAGACCGUCACUUGAUCUUCUUGGCCGAAAGAAGAAUCUUGCCUAAGCCAGCCAGAGGCUCCAGACAAAACCAAAAGAGACCAAGAUCCAGAACUUUGACUGCCGUCCACGACAAGAUCUUGGAAGACAUGGUCUUCCCAACCGAAGUUGUCGGCAAGAGAGUCAGAUACCUCGUCGGUGGUAACAAGAUCCAAAAAAUCUUGUUGGACUCCAAGGACGUCCAACAAAUCGACUACAAAUUGGAAUCCUUCCAAGCUGUCUACAACAAGCUGACCGGUAAGCAAAUUGUUUUCGAAAUCCCAUCCGAAACACAUUAA